AUGCUAAAGAAGAUAACAAUUGAUUCCUUGCUACAUCUAAGAAGGAAUGCUCGGAGGUUGUCGACCAACCUACUUCAGAAUGGCAACACCCGUGGAAGAAUCCCUCGCUUGCUCCCUCCGCCUCUAACUCCUCACUAUCACAACCUGAAGCCAUCCCGCUCGUCCGGAAUUCUGCUGCAGACCGGGAACAGCAUUGGUGCAAGUGUGGGAGCGGCGACGGAGUCGUCGAGCGAGGAGCUGAUGGACGGGCCGCCCCCGCCGCAACAUCAGCAGCAUCAGUUCAUCGUGUCGAGGAAGAGGAUCAGGACUAAAUUCACGGCUGAGCAGCAGGAGGGGAUGCUGGCCUUCGCGGAGCAGGACGGCGCGGCGGUGGAGCAAUUCUGCUGCGAGGUUGGCGUCCGCAGGAAAGUGUUCAUAACAACAAGAGCAAACUCUAGGAAACAACAGCAGCAGCAGCAGGAAGAGGAGGUGGAGCAGCAGCUGCACCAUGAAAGACCGGACGAUCGAGGGAGUGUGAGAAGAAAAGCCGUCUGA